AAGAAGAGAGGAGGUUGUUGCCAAAUGUGGCAGCAGUCUUGAUUUAGUUGUGUAUCUUCUUACUGGUAACUGAAGUUGAACUCCUCCAGUUUCACAUAACACCUGAGGAUGCACAAAGAAACUUAAUUUUGCAUUGGAAAGUUUAGUCUUAACUUUAUUUUGCCCAUGUUUAAGCAGGUUUUUACUCUUCAGGGUAAUGCCUGUGGUAACUUACAUAUUUAAUACAGUGCAGCCAAUGUUCUGCUUUAGUCUCAUUUUCUGGAUGAUCUGCUUUUCACCAUCGUGGAUCUCAUCACUUUUCCUACUAUGCAAUAUAGAUAUAUUGAGCCCACCUACAAUGUAUGAGAUGCUUGGCAAGUAAGCACUUUGGGUUGUAGCAGUAAACGAUAGACUUGGUUCCAAAUCUUCCUAAGUGUUUCUAUUUUUUUGGACAAGGACAGUAUUAAAUAGCCAUUUAAAUAAUUAUUGCAGUUUUAUUUUGUGAUGCAGAAAAGAGUAUUAGGAUCAGAGUUAUGAGAGCAUGUAAUAGGAGGACCUGAUCCUGUUUAGGGUAUCAGACGCUCAUCGCCUUUUAGCUGAGAUCCCAGAGAUGAUUAGGCGUUGCUUAGGGUACUGGGGAGAGGGGAUUACGCCAGAUAGGGGAGCAUGAUAUGUGAAGGCUCUGAGGCCCGAUGUGAAAGAAGGCCUGUAUAGCCUGAGCAGCCAGAGCGGGAGGGUGGCCCUAGAUCUUGCAGGCCUCUUAGUUCUCAUUAGGAGAUCGGACUUAUUUAGGACAAUGGGGAACUAUUGCAGGCUUUUAAGCAGAGGAGUGACAUUAGAUUUAGGUUUUUAAAAGAGCUCCCUACUACAGCAUGAAGAGUGGAAUGGAGCAGUUGGGAGGCCGCUGUGAUAGUCUAGGCACGGAAUGUUAACACUGGUGAAUUAGCAGCAAUUAAAGUAAUAAAAUUGGAACCAGGAGAAGACUUUGCAGUUGUGCAGCAAGAAAUUAUUAUGAUGAAAGACUGUAAACACCCAAAUAUUGUUGCUUAUUUUGGAAGCUAUCUCAGGCGAGAUAAGCUUUGGAUUUGCAUGGAGUUUUGUGGAGGUGGUUCUUUACAGGAUAUUUAUCACGUAACUGGACCUCUGUCAGAACUGCAAAUUGCAUAUGUUAGCAGAGAAACACUGCAGGGAUUAUAUUAUCUUCACAGUAAAGGAAAAAUGCACAGAGAUAUAAAGGGAGCUAACAUUCUGUUAACGGAUAAUGGUCAUGUGAAAUUGGCUGAUUUUGGAGUAUCUGCACAGAUAACAGCUACAAUUGCCAAACGGAAGUCUUUCAUUGGCACACCAUAUUGGAUGGCUCCAGAAGUUGCAGCUGUUGAGAGGAAGGGGGGUUACAAUCAACUCUGUGAUCUCUGGGCAGUGGGAAUCACUGCCAUAGAACUUGCAGAGCUUCAACCUCCUAUGUUUGACUUACACCCAAUGAGAGCAUUAUUUCUAAUGACAAAAAGCAAUUUUCAGCCUCCUAAACUAAAGGAUAAAAUGAAAUGGUCAAAUAGUUUUCAUCACUUUGUGAAAAUGGCACUUACCAAAAAUCCGAAAAAAAGACCUACUGCUGAAAAAUUAUUACAGCAUCCUUUUGUAACACAACAUUUGACACGGUCUUUGGCAAUCGAGCUGUUGGAUAAAGUAAAUAAUCCAGACCAUUCCACUUACCAUGAUUUCGAUGAUGAUGAUCCUGAGCCUCUUGUUGCUGUACCACAUAGAAUUCACUCAACAAGUAGAAACGUGAGAGAAGAAAAAACACGCUCAGAGAUAAACUUUGGCCAAGUGAAAUUUGAUCCACCCUUAAGAAAGGAGACAGAACCACAUCAUGAACUUCCCGACAGUGAUGGUUUUUUGGACAGUUCAGAAGAAAUAUACUACACUGCAAGAUCUAAUCUGGAUCUGCAACUGGAAUAUGGACAAGGACACCAAGGUAGUUACUUUUUAGGUGCAAACAAGAGUCUUCUCAAGUCUGUUGAAGAAGAAUUGCAUCAGCGAGGACACGUGGCACAUUUAGAAGAUGAUGAAGGAGAUGAUGAUGAAUCUAAACAUUCAACUCUGAAAGCAAAAGUUCCACCUCCUUUGCCACCAAAGCCUAAGUCUAUCUUCAUACCACAGGAAAUGCAUUCUACUGAGGAUGAAAAUCAAGGAACAAUCAAGAGAUGUCCCAUGUCAGGGAGCCCAGCAAAGCCAUCCCAAGUUCCACCUAGACCACCACCUCCCAGAUUACCCCCACACAAACCUGUUGCCUUAGGAAAUGGAAUGAGCUCCUUCCAGUUAAAUGGUGACCGAGAUGGCUCAUUAUGUCAACAACAGAAUGAACAUAGAGGCACAAACCUUUCAAGAAAAGAAAAGAAAGAUGUACCAAAGCCUAUUAGUAAUGGUCUUCCUCCAACACCUAAAGUGCAUAUGGGUGCAUGUUUUUCAAAAGUUUUUAAUGGGUGUCCCUUGAAAAUUCACUGUGCAUCAUCAUGGAUAAACCCAGAUACAAGAGAUCAGUACUUGAUAUUUGGUGCCGAAGAAGGGAUUUAUACCCUCAAUCUUAAUGAACUUCAUGAAACAUCAAUGGAACAGCUAUUCCCUCGAAGGUGUACAUGGUUGUAUGUAAUGAACAAUUGCUUGCUAUCAAUAUCUGGUAAAGCUUCUCAGCUUUAUUCCCAUAAUUUACCAGGGCUUUUUGAUUAUGCAAGACAAAUGCAAAAGUUACCUGUUGCUAUUCCAGCACACAAACUCCCUGACAGAAUACUGCCAAGGAAAUUUUCUGUAUCAGCAAAAAUCCCUGAAACCAAAUGGUGCCAGAAGUGUUGUGUUGUAAGAAAUCCUUACACGGGCCAUAAAUACCUAUGUGGAGCGCUUCAGACUAGCAUUGUUCUAUUAGAAUGGGUUGAACCAAUGCAGAAAUUUAUGUUAAUUAAGCACAUAGAUUUUCCUAUACCAUGUCCACUUAGAAUGUUUGAAAUGCUGGUAGUUCCUGAACAGGAGUACCCUUUAGUUUGUGUUGGUGUCAGUAGAGGUAGAGACUUCAACCAAGUGGUUCGAUUUGAGACGGUCAAUCCAAAUUCUACCUCUUCGUGGUUUACAGAAUCAGAUACCCCACAGACAAAUGUUACUCAUGUAACCCAACUGGAGAGAGAUACCAUCCUUGUAUGCUUGGACUGUUGUAUAAAAAUAGUAAAUCUCCAAGGAAGAUUAAAAUCUAGCAGGAAAUUAUCAUCAGAACUCACCUUUGAUUUCCAGAUUGAAUCAAUAGUGUGCCUACAAGACAGUGUGCUAGCUUUCUGGAAACAUGGAAUGCAAGGUAGAAGUUUUAGAUCUAAUGAGGUAACACAAGAAAUUUCAGAUAGCACAAGAAUUUUCAGGCUGCUUGGAUCUGACAGGGUCGUGGUCUUGGAAAGUAGGCCAACUGAUAACCCCACAGCAAAUAGCAAUUUGUACAUCCUGGCGGGUCAUGAAAACAGUUACUGAGAAUUGUUGUGCUUUGACAGUUAACUCUAGAAAGAAAGAACACUACCACUGCAACAUUAAUGGAUGCUUGAAGCUGUACAAAAGCUGCAGUAACCUGUCUUCAGUUACUUUGUAAUUUAUUGUGGCAUGAGACAAGAUGGGGAAAAUUUUGUUUUAAGUGGUAUGGAUAUAUUUAGCAUAUUGAACCACACAAGUGCUUAAUUCAUCGUUAUGUAAUCUUUGUACAUAUAGGCAGUAUUUUUUCUGUGAAACUUCAUAUUGCUGAAGACAUACACUAAGAAUUUAUGUAGAUAAUGUACUUUUAUGAGAUGUACAAGUAAGUGUCUUAUCUGUACAGAUGUAAAUGUUGAUGAAAAUGCAAUUGGGGUUAAUAUUUUAAGAAUUCUUUAGUAUAUUCUUGGGUGUGGCUAUAUUACAAAAUGGGAUUCUGGCAAUGAAACAAUACAUUUAACACUAUUGUAUUUUUAUUAUAUGUAAUUUAGUAAUAUGAAUAUAAAUCUUGUAACUUUUAAAAUUGUAAUGGAGGCUGUAAUCAUUUUAUAAUCUUUUUAAUUUUAAUGCAAGUACACUGGUGUUUAUAUUUGCACAAAGUAUUGAUAUGUGAUGUAUUAAGUCACAAAAGUAAGCUGUGACAUUGUCUAUAAGCAUUUGGCUCCACAAAUAAAUUUGGAUUGUUUUCUAUGUGAAGCAAACCAAUUAUAAUUAACCACAUGUUGUAGUAACUGGUCUUUUUAUAUUUAAGCAGAAUCCUGUAAGAUUGCUUGUCUUUGCUUAAAACAAUACCUUUGAACAUUUUUGAAUCACAGAAUAGCGGUACCAUGAUAUAAUACUGCAAUUGUGGUCUGAAUUACAGUAUGCACAAAGAAUUAAUUAGCAUUAUUAAAGAGUCCUCACUAAACAUUUCAUAUAAUCACACUGAAGAACUGUAACAUUCCAUAGAGUGAAGUGGUUCAAAUUUCUCUUGGAAUUUUUACUUUUGUUGGCCUUAUUUUAUGAUCCUUUUCAUAUUUCUUUUGACUUAGAGUAUUAAUACAUGGCCAAAAUAAUUUAGUUACUACCUCAUACAAACAAUAUAAUGGUUACUACACAUCACAGGAACUUAGUUUUGGUUUAAGUCAUUUUUGAUUGCUUUUUUCCAAUGGAAUAUGUAUAUACCAGGUUUUAGCAAAAUGCACACUUUUGGCUCUUUUUGGUAUAUGUUCUUUAUAUUUUAAUGUGAGUAUAUACACUAAGAACAAACUAAAUUGUGAUUUAUGAUCUUCAUUUAUUGUAAUUGAUAAUGGUUUUAAAAUAUGUUCCUGAUUGUACAUAUUGUAAAAUAAACAUGUUUUUUAACAUGCUGUUGUAUAGUA